AUGCAUGCCAACGAGACCGCGAGUAAAGACGGCGAACAAUAUGUCGUCGUCAAAGCUGAAAAAGAUGUCACCACUCCCACACAAGCAUCUAAUGAUGCCGGCAAGGAUGAAGAUAUCAAAUGUCCAGAAAUUCUAUACAAAGUCCAAUAUAAGGAUGUAGGUGGUGAAAUCAAAGGAACCAAAGAGUUGGCAGCACCAUAUAAAUUGAAGAAGACCACAUAUCGUGAUUCGGAAAUACCUAUCCUAGAAGUCCUAUAUAGUGUCACUAUUUGGUUCCCUACUAUCUAUGGCAAGAAGAAAGGAAAGAAGGAGAAGGAAGAUGAAAAUGUGAUAUCGUCAGAGAUGAAAGAUGAGAAUGACUUUGAUGAACGAUCUAUGGAAGAGAAAGAACUUAUCAUUCAUUCUCCACAUAUCAUGAAGGCCUUGAGAUCUCUGGUCGAAUAUUACCCCGGUCAAUCUUUACUCGGAGACACCAUUUCGAUCAAGGAACCUUAUGGUAUUCUUGUUCACUACCGAAAGGAACUUCAAGAAUACAAAGAGAAAUGUGAUGAUGCAGAAGCUGCUCACCAUAUCAGUGUUCUUCAAAAGUAUCUCGAGGAUAACUUUGAAGAGAAGUUAAAGUUGGAGGAUGACAGACAUGCGAGAGCAAAUCCCGUCGUAACAUUCGAGAUGUUAUGGAUGCUUUUCAAGCCUGGAAUGGAUGUUUACGCGCAAUUUGACGAACAACGCGCUGGUUUCGUUCUUCAGGGUUGUGAAAAUUCGACUGAGAAUACUAGACCUGGUCAGCCAUCUCCUCUCAAGAUCAAAAUGUGGUAUCUGGAUUUCGAUGGCCGGUUCGUGGGACGCCGAUCUCACGAAGUGACUAUUGCACCUUUUGAAGGCGAGCGCGAGAUUACGUCGUUGAAAGUCGUUCCUGCCCAUUACAUUGAUAGAAAUCCCAUCCUCUCUCCACGAACACAACUUGAAGAUCGUGGUGAGAAAUUCUACAGUAUGUUGAUGGGAAAACAAAUGGAUUACAGAGGAUUCAGCAUGCCGGUUGAGCAAAAGCCGAAACGAUUCCACGAAGGUCGUGUGGUAGUUGAUCAGAGCGCAUUUUACACAUACGCCGACUGGCAGGAAACACAGAAACAUCCAGCUCCUGUUCUCGGUAUCGAUGAUGAUGAUUCGGGUAUCUUGGCAGACUUGCACUAUAAUUGCAGCUGUUCAGAUUGUACCUCCAAGCGUCUUGCUGCAUCUGCCAAUACACGCUGGGGUAAAUAUGAGAACAUUGAACCUCGGGAAACUCCUUCCCUUGCCGUAACCGACGCAAAUGGAAAUGUUUCUCGUCACAAGUACUUCCUCUGUCCUCGUCGCAUCAUGGGUUUCGAUCUCAAGUCUAAGAAAUGGCAAGCUCUGGAUGUCGAUUGCUGUCAACCACCUAAAUUCUACACUUCCGCCAUCGAGAAUCUAGUCCUCCCAAACGAAAAACAGGAAAUGAUCAAAGCACUCGUACAUAAAUAUACAUCAUCCAAAAAAGCCGGCAAGAGCGAGAUGACCUGGUCGGCAGAUCCUAUCCCCAACAAAGGCGAAGGACAAAUCUUCCUAUUGCACGGUCCCCCCGGUGCAGGAAAAACCUACACGGCAGAAUGCGUCGCGGAAUUCACAUCACGCCCGCUGCUAUCCCUCACCUGCGGGGACAUCGGCACCGACGAAUUCCGCGUCGAAGAAUCCCUCAGUAAAUGGUUCAAACUCGCCGAGAUCUGGGGCGCCGUAAUGUUAAUCGACGAAGCGGAUGUAUAUCUCGAGCGACGAGAAGUUUCCGAACUAACACGCAAUGGACUCGUAUCCGUCUUUCUCCGCGCCAUGGAAUAUUACCGGGGAAUAUUAUUCCUGACGACGAAUCGGGUGGGACAUUUUGAUCCCGCGUUCUUUAGUCGUAUUCAUGUGUAUAUUGGAUAUCGACCUCUUGAUAGCGAAGGUAGGAAAAGAAUCUGGUUGCAAUUUUUCCAGAAGUUGGAACGGGAACGUGCGGAUGAAAUUACGAUUAAGAGUGCGGCGAAACGGUAUAUUCUUUCUGAUGAUGUGUUGGAGGAUAUUGAGUGGAAUGGGAGGGAGAUUCGGAAUGCAUUUCAGACGGCUGUGGCGUUGGCGGAGUAUGAGGCGGAGAGUAAGAGGGGGAAGGGUGGGAAGGAUGCGGAGGGGAAGGAUGGGGAGGGGAAAUUGGAGGUGGAGUUGAGACAGGAUCAUUUUGAGAAGGUGGUCGAGAUGAGUGAUAAUUUUAAGAGAUAUUUGGCUACGGUUGGGAGUGAGGAGGUAGCGGGACAGAGUGAGAUGUUGAAGGCGAAGAUUCAUGGGGAUAGGGGGGAUGAUGCACUUUUGUAG